AUGGACGUGUGGGGCCCAGCCCGCGUCCGUGGACAAGGCAGAGAGCGCUACUUCCUUCUGGUAGUUGACGACUACACGCGUUACACCACGGUCUUCCCCUUGCGCACCAAGGGAGAGGUCCCUGCUGUCUUGAUCCCUUGGAUCCGCGCUACCCGUCUCCAGCUGGAGAGGCGCUUUUACACGGACCUUCCCGUCCUGCGACUGCACUCUGAGAGAGGUGGUGAGUUUUCCUCCAGCCUCUUUGAGGCCUUCUGUCAAGGGGAGGGCAUUGAGCGUCUGACGUUCACGCUUCCGGCCUCUCCACAACAAACUGGGGUUACUAAGCGCCGCAUUGGCUUGGUCAUGGAGGUUGGCGAUGCGUCUGUGUUCCGGGUGUGGGGAUCUCGUGCCUUUGUCCGCGAUACGUCCGCGGACAAGCUCUCCUCCCGCGUCGUUCCUUGUGUCUUCCUGGGCUUUGUCCCCGACGCGCCUGGCUGGCGGUUUUACCACCCCACCUCGCGCCGUGUCUUCUCCUCUCAAGGCGUCACGUUUGACGAGUCGGUCCCCUUUUACCGUCUCUUCCCCUACCGCACUGCCCCGCUCCCUCCUCCGCCGUUCUUCCUCACGCCAGGUGCUGCUUCGGUAGACCCCCUGCCUCCCCAGGGUCCUGCUCCCUCGGGUGUUUCCCAGGGAGUGCGUUAUCGGGACAUGGAUGACGUGGCAAGAGCAUUAGACACUGCACAAACCCCACCGUUAUCCUCUCCUCACUUUGUCUCCCCCUUGUCACCCCACCUUUCUCUCCCCUCACACGUGUAG